AACAUCAUCGAGCUUGCAGCAGCCGCUUUUCUUGGAAUUGUUGCCAUUGAUCCUACUUGCCUAUCAUUUGAUGUCGUGCGCCGUCCGAUCUCUUCGUCUUCAUGGCUAAUUCCGCGCAGACGGACACAGUGUCGGCCGGUAACCUGUUCAGCUAUGACUCGGUUGCUCUGUCAGAUCCGUCAACCCACAUUCGUCUGCUUGACCUCCAUCCCGCUUCUUGUUAUACGGACGACCUAUACUGCUGCAUAUACACUGCGCCGAUUUCGCCGCCGCCCAGCUAUAUCGCACUUUCAUACGUCUGGGGGGAUAGCACCAGGACGCAUGAGAUUUCAGUGGCCAAUGAAGUCAACGAUGGCAGAGCUUUUAUACCACUACGCCUGACAUCAUCCCUGGAUACUUGCCUCCGUCAUCUUCGAGAACUCCAUUACCGGCGGCAGCUUGAGCCUCUGCCUCUAUGGAUUGACCAGAUAUGUAUCAAUCAGGACGACAACGAGGAAAAGUCCUUCCAGGUCCGGCUCAUGAGGGAUAUCUACUCGUCAGCCCACCAAGUCGUCGUGUGGCUAGGACCUGCUGUUGACGACUCCAACAGAGUGAUGGAUGCCUUGGCAGAAGUUGGUCAAGAAUUCCUCGAUAAGAUCGGCGAUCAUACCGAAGAAGAACAUUGGCUUUCCGUCGAUCGCCUCAUCAAGGAAAAGAUUGAACAACCUGAUGCCGUUACUUUCUUGCGUGAGGCAUACAAGGUUAUCUAUAUGCUAAACAGAGAACACUCUUUUACACGUUGGGUGGAAAGAACAUGGUUCAAGCGACUGUGGACUAUACAGGAAUUCUGUCUCUGUGCAGAUACGAUUUUCGCUUGUGGUUACAAGGUUGUCUCUCAGAAAAUGGUCUCCGCACUGACCGAUUUUAUGAGAUGCAUUAUCAUGGACAAAUGUUUGCGGGGACUUCUGGAGACCCCUGACACACCUACAUAUUCCACCCUCUUCUCAGGGCUCAUGAGAUUAUUCCCGCUCUUUCAGCAUCGGGGGUACUGCCAGUACCCGUAUCGGAAAGAGACACUGGAACACCUCCUUGUAGAACUCUUUGUGGGAGUCACACCGCCAUGCGUUACCAAUAAGCGCGACAAAGUGUAUGGACUCCUUGGCUUAGCGGGGGACGCCGAUGAACUUGGUAUUCGGCCGGAUUAUACUACGUCGACGACCCUUGCGCAAGUGUUUACACAAACAGCAAGAGCGAUAAUCCAAAAGAACUGGAAAAUUCAGCGAAAGAGAGGUCUACAAAUCCUUCGCUAUGGGAGCUUAGGACAAAGGAAAUCUGCCCCCAAGAAUGAGACGGAUUUACCGUCAUGGGUGCCUGAGUGGAACGGCAGGAUCGCCAAGACUUAUCAGCGAGAGAUGUCAUUCUUAGCUUGUGGGGAGAUCAGAAUGCCGGAUUUGGUGCCAACUACAUCCCCUACGAUUCUGGGCCUCCGCGGUUUUUGCGUGGGUACUAUCGUAGAUCUAGGAGAGCAGGCACGGGUGGACAUUUGGCGGCGUUCUGCUGACGGUGCCAAGAAAAUCGUUGGAUUUUUCGACAACUUCAGGAGACUUUUGAACUUGUCCAAGCAGAACAAGCGUGCUAAGGACAUCUAUGCAAGUACUGCUCAUCAUGAUGCUGCCCUAUGGCGAGUGCCCAUUGGUGAUCAGCAUAUUAUUUUUGGAGUUGGUCGCCAAAUCGCGAAAAGGACAGACUCGAAGGAGGAUUCAGCGUUUCAGAACUUCAUCGCAUACUACGAGGACUACGUGCGCCGGGACGAUGAUUGGAAAGAUUAUAUGGCAGCUUACCAAGCAGGAGAGGAGCAGGCCAAAUUGAAGAUGGGCAAGCACAUGGACCGGGUUUUCUCAGAGGGAUAUUAUAUGGGCUUGCGGCAUAUGGAAGGAAAACGCCCGUACCUCACAGAGAAUGGAUAUCUAGGCAUGGGUCCAGGGCUCUUACAGCCCGGCGACAAGGUGGUUGUAUUUCACGGCGACGAUAUACCAUAUGUGGUACGACCGGUGCCCGGAAAGGGGGAUAACACGUACCUUUUGAUGGGGGAAGCAUACUGCGAUGGGAUUAUGGACGGGGAACUCGCUGAUACGGCGGAGAGGGAGGAUUUCUAUCUUGUCUGAUGUGGUCUUUUCCUUUCAGUUUUUUUUUUCUUUCUCUUUCUUUUUCUACAAUUAGCUUCACGGUAGUGGCGGGCGUGUUGACCUUUUGGAUAUCGGCGGAUUGUGGGGGAAGUUGCAAGCUUGGGGCCUGGCCCACUCGCUCUUUUCUUCCACCAAACCGCUGCAAGCCACCCCUUGGACACUCCAUCGUGAUUUCUUCACAACAAAUAUGCG